AUGUUCAUGCCAGACUCUCUCCCUGUCCUUCUUCAAGCAACGCGUUUCUUCUUGUCCCCGCAGGCCAUCAAGAAGUUUGACAUGAUUCAGCCGAACGACAAAAUUCUUGUGUGUCUCUCGGGGGGCAAAGACAGCCUGUCCCUACUGCACUGCAUGCACGAGUAUCAGCAAGUCUGCAACCGGCGGCCGGACCUGCCCUCCUUUGAGCUGGGUGCUGUCACCGUGGAUCCUGGUAGCUCCGCCUACAACCCACGACCGCUGAUAGCCUACAUGGCCGAGCUCCGUGUGCCCUAUCUCUACGAGGAGCAAAGUCAGUACCCCAAACUCUAUGUUGCAGUAAUUUGA